UUAUUAAUGAGGCAGGCGAAAAGGCCCGCGCCUGGGGGGGGGGGCGGGGGAAGAGGGCUACUCCCGCCCCACCAGGGGGAGGGGGUCAUGGGGAACGAGGCCAAAUCCCUGGGAGCCCCCUUACUGGUGGGGCAGCUGAGGUCCAGUGUAGCCCCUGCCCAUUGCCAGGACCACAGAGGGGUCUCUGCCACGCCAGGCCCCCUCUGGGCGCGAGAUGGCUGGAGCGGCCCCUGGAGGCCGGAGCGGGCAGCGGGAGGAGGCAGGGAGCUGAGGAGCCGCCCCAGGAGGGAGGGAGAGGGAGCGGCCUGGCCUGCGGGAGAGCUCUGGUGGAGCGGGCGCGGGUGCAACAGGCAGCGGGGGCCAAGCAGCAGGCGAUGGGGACCUGGAGUCCCAAGCUGUGUGGGUAAGAAGAGACUGGGGCAUGAGGAUCUCUGGUGGGGGAGGAGCGUCUGGAAGGAUGGGGCCGUGGCUCGUUCAGUCUCUCUGUCCUGUGUUCUUGACUCUCAGCCCCAUCUGUCUGUCCCUGUCAGUCUUACUGUCUAUCUGCUUUUCCCCUGUGGCCAGCGGGCAGUCCUGCCGUCUCUGCCCUCACCUCCAGGUUAGCAAGGGAUGGGUGGUGCUGGGUCUGCCUUGAGACCUUUGGGGUAGGGACCUGGAGCUGGCAGGAAUGGGAGCCAGGGGGCAUCCAUGGUAAGGCAGCUGUGGUCAGGGGAGAGCCAGGGUGAGACAGUGACAGAACUCAGAGAUGGGAGUGUGGGGGGCAGGGACGGUGGGGACACAGAUGUAGCCGUAGGGAGAAGGACAGUGCAGUGGAGAGAGAGGUGCCCGUGGUGGUACAGGUGGGGCUGUGAGCAUCAAACACGGGACUGAAGAAAAGGUGACAUGUGAUGGUCAGAGAUGGAGCAGUGAAGUCAGGUGGGGCCCUGCGGAUCAGAAAUGGGUCAGGGGGUGUCAGAUGGAGCCAGGGGCGAGAAAUUCGCUGUGCUGCAAUAAUGAGAGGUGGGUGUCAGAGGUAGAUCCGUGACGCCCAGAGGUGGGGACAGACACGGAAGGCCGGAGCCCGGGGGAACCAAGGUGGACAGAGAAGGUGGUGAGGGCAAGAAUGAGGCCCGGAGCAGGAGAUGAUGGGCUGAUGAGGUAGAGGAGGAGAAAGGGGUUGGGAAUGGGGCAGCCAGGGUCAUUUGGAGUUGCCGUGGGCAGGGGCGACAUUAGAAUGCCAUGGCAUCCAACGGGGCCUGAUGAUCCGAGGUGGGGCUGCCUGCUAGUCCCAUGGGGAGAGUGGGCAGUGUGCUCCUGGCCGGCCUCACGGAGCCCUCCUCUCCUCUCCUCUCCCCAGCCCCAACCCCAGCACCUGACAUGAGUCUCUGCGGGCCCCUCAACCUGAGCCUGGCGGGCGAGGCGACCACGUGCGCGGAGCCCGGGGCUCCCAACGCGUCGGCCGGGCCGCCUCCCGGCCGGGCGGCCACAUCCCCGGCGCUGCCCAUCUUCUCCAUGACCCUGGGCUCCGUGUCCAACGUGCUGGCGCUGGCGCUGCUGGCGCAGGCCGCGGGCCGCCUGCGGCGCCGCCGCUCGGCCGCCACCUUCCUGCUGUUCGUCGCCAGCCUUCUGGCCACUGACCUGGCGGGCCACGUCAUCCCGGGGGCGCUGGUGCUGCGCCUGUACGCGGCGGGCCGCCCGCCGGCCGGCGGCGCCUGCCACUUCCUGGGCGGCUGCAUGGUCUUCUUCGGCCUGUGCCCGCUGCUGCUGGGCUGCGGCAUGGCCGUGGAGCGCUGCGUGGGCGUCACGCGGCCGCUGCUGCACGCGGCACGCGUCUCGACGGCCCGCGCGCGCCUGGCGCUGGCCGCGCUGGCCGCCGUGCCUUUGGCCGUGGCGCUGCUGCCGCUGGCGCGCGUGGGCCGCUACGAGCUGCAGUACCCGGGCACGUGGUGCUUUAUCGGCCUGGGCCCGGCGGGCGGCUGGCGCCAGGCGCUGCUCGCCGGCCUCUUCGCCGGCCUCGGCCUGGCCGCGCUGCUCGCCGCGCUCGUCUGCAACACGCUCAGCGGCCUGGCCUUGCUGCGCGCCCGCUGGCGCCGCCGCUCCCGACGGCGUCCUUCGGCGAGCGGCCCCGACGGCCGCCGUCGCUGGGGGGCGCGCGCGCCCCGCUCGGCCUCAGCUUCGUCCUCCUCGUCCGUCGCCUCGGUCCCCGGCGGCUCCCCGGGCCGUGGCUCAGCGCGCAGAGCCCGCGCUCACGAUGUGGAGAUGGUGGGCCAGCUCGUGGGCAUCAUGGUGGUGUCGUGCAUCUGCUGGAGCCCGCUGCUGGUGUUAGUGGUGCUGGCCGUCGGGGGCUGGGGCUCCAGCUCCCUGCAGCGGCCGCUGUUUUUGGCUGUGCGCCUCGCUUCAUGGAACCAGAUCCUGGACCCCUGGGUGUACAUCCUGCUGCGCCAGGCGGUGCUGCGCCAACUGCUUCGCCUCCUGCCCCCGAGGGCCGACGCCAAGGGCAGCCCUGCGGGGCUGCGCCUAACCAGGAGCGCCUGGGAGGCCAGCUCGCUGCGCAGCUCCAGGCACAGUAGCCUCAGCCACCUGUAGGCGAGCCAGGAGUCCCAGCGGCUAAGUCAGACCACCCGGGCCAGGCCCAGGACCGCAGCGCCGAGCCUUCAGGGAAUAAAGCCAUUUUGCGGACCUGCGCAGGGCAUGUGUGGGGUCGGGGCUGCAGCACGCCUGUGGCCGCGCGGGGGCGAUAGCGGUGCCGCCUGAGCCUACGGGGUGUGCAGUUCUGGGACCUUCCACGCAGAGGCGCGGGGAGGCCAGACGCGGAGCUGGAGCCGCUGGAGCAUGCGCAGAAUGCCACGGCCCCGGCCCCAGCCCCAGCUCCCGGGAGGUGUCGAGAGCAGAGCAGCUGAGCCAGAAUCCGAGGCGCUUUUUGCUCCUACCGCCUGCCAGGGCUGACCCUAGCAACAAUUCUCUCAUUGUGGCCCUGAGCUCCUCCAACACAUCCCCCAGGCCCUACCCCCAAACCACACCCCAGCAGGGCCUCAAAACUCCAGUGUCCCUAAACACAGCUCCCAGCCCUGUCCCAUCUCAGCCCGCCCACGCUCCCCACCCUAGUAAGAGCCCGGAGUCCCCACCUUCCCUUAACCCUCA